AUGGGAAAGCAGAACAGCAAGCUGCGCCCAGAGAUGCUACAGGACCUAAGAGAAAACACGGAAUUCUCCGACCUGGAGCUGCAGGAGUGGUACAAAGGCUUCCUGAAAGACUGCCCCACAGGCAUCCUCAACGUAGAGGAGUUCAAGAAGAUCUAUGCCAAUUUUUUCCCCUACGGAGAUGCCUCCAAGUUUGCUGAGCAUGUCUUCCGCACCUUUGACACCAAUGGAGAUGGCACCAUCGACUUCCGGGAAUUCAUCAUUGCUCUCAGUGUCACCUCUCGAGGGAAACUGGAGCAGAAGCUCAUGUGGGCUUUCAGCAUGUAUGACCUGGAUGGCAAUGGCUACAUCAGCCGGGAGGAGAUGCUGGAGAUAGUCCAG